AUGCAUUACUUGAGGGUUCAAGCAACAUGUGUCACUCAUCGUGACAGUAUUAGCAGUGAUUCAAGUGAGUCAAUCAUUGCAUUUCCGGUGGAAGUUGAUCGAGAUGAAAUAUCAGAGCAAGAAACUGAUCCAAAUUCAGAUUCGGAAAAAGAUAUUAUGCACGGUGAUUCAACUGUAUUUUCAAUUGAAAAUACAGCUUUGGAUACACGGAUGACAUUGAAAAGUGUUUUAAAUUGUCCUUUCGAAUAUAUCAAUAAGCAGCCACCAUUAUUGGCUAUGGAAAAUUAUUGUUUUGUAAUUAAUGGUGAUUUGGUUGAUGUUGAACAAAUAAUUGAAAAUUCGAAAUCAUGGUGGAAGCAAACAAGUUCUCGAGUACGCUAUUACUUAUCGAAAGGGAUGAAAACAUUUUAUGAGGUUGAUGCAUUACUCUGCCGCGGUGAAUUACGUUGUGCAUAUGCACGAAGAGGUCGAGCAGCUAGCAUUGAACCAAUUCCAUUAGAACAAAUUUUUCGAGUAUCACGGAUAUACAGUCACUGGAAGACGUGUAUCAGUUUUCAUCGAAUUAUCAGUUGUAUUAAUCCAGUUACGAAAAAUGCAACUGAAGUUUAUGGUUUUCAAAAGCGAAUUUUUGUGCAAUAUUUAUGGAGAACAGAAAAACGUGAAGAGAAACGACGUGUAGCACGUGAGUAUCGAACAAGUAAAAUACCGAUACCAUCCACAAAUAAAACUGCUACUGAUCGAUUGAGAAAAUUAUCAUUAUUUGCAACAUUUGAUAAAUCAUCUUCAUUGAUGCAAAAUUCGAUUGGUACUAUGAUAUCAGGUCGCAAUUAUCCCUCAUAUAUUCCACAACCAAAAGUGAAUUAUCAACCAAAACAAACUUUACAAGCAGAUUUGUCAACAUCAUUCAAUCGACGUCAUUCUUUGAUACCUCAAUUACGAAAUUCAAGACGAAGAAGUGAGCAGCAGCGAAUUCAUGAAACUUUUAAAAUUACUCUUCCAAAAUCGAUUGAUAAUAAAAAUCGACCGGUAUCAUUGCUUGAAAUCAGGGAACAAUUUCAAAAGCAUCAAAAGAAAUUUCGAAAAAGACAAUCUACAAGCACAAUUAAUUGCUAG